AUGGAAGAACCAAGUUUCACAGACGAGGUGAAAGGUUGGUGGGAUUAUCAAAAUGUGUACAAUGAUCUCUGUGCAGAAUUUCUGGAGAAUGAUAAAGUGUUCCACGAAUUGAAAAAGGAAAACUUUGACGGCUUUUUUGCUGAGCAAAUUAAUCUCUGUGGAUUUGGAUAUGCUCACGCGUUGGGUAUCCAGAGACGUUUUUUGAUUUCCAGCUGUCCAUUUGCUGCCCCUGUCUACAAUUUUACUGGUCUACCGAUGCCAACUUCGACAGUUCCAUUUGCUGCCGACAUGAGUGCUGAUCCAUCGUAUUACGAGCGUGCGAGAAACUUCUUGGUCGCCGUUGUUACCAAAGCCGACUUUCCAUCCCCAGCUAGCAUUGCAAGCAACUUUGAUGUCAUUUUCAUUGCCACCGAUGAAGUGAUUGACAUUUCUACCACUACAUUGCAAACGAUUGUUCAUGUUGGAGGCCUUGGUGUUGAUGACGAUGUCACCGAGAUGGACAAGGUGUUUUCCUAUGAAAUGGAGAAAGGGAAACUUGGAGUUAUCUACUUCUCUCUCGGCACUAUAGCAAAUACCACUAAAAUUGAUAACAAAGUUAUGAAUAUUGUCAAAAAAUUCCCAGAUUAUCACUUCAUAAUCAGAGCUGAUAAAUACGAUAUUAGUACGAGACAGCACGCAAUGGACGUUUCGAAUGCAUUUGUAUCUGAUUGGCUACCGCAAACUUCUAUGCUUCAUCACCCCCGUCUCAAGUUAUUCAUUACUCAUUCUGGAUACAACAGCAUUGUAGAAGCUGCACGAGCUGGAAUUCCACUAAUUAAUAUCCCAUUCAUGUUUGACCAGAACUUUAUGCCGUUUGCCGGUCGAUCCAGAAGUCCGUCUCCAGAAAUCCCAGAAGUCCCGCGUAUUAGAGUACCUCGUGCUCCACCACAAUUCAUUGGUUACGAAGUUAUUAACAGGCAGUAUUUGCAAUUCAAUCCCAACCCACUUGAUACCGAACCGAACACCGUUCAUGUUGCCCUGUUGAAUGAGUAUCAUGACUAUUUACGUCUCACAAGUCAGAUGACUUUUUGGAAUCAGUUCAGUCCAUCACCGUGGGAAAGUGGCGGAGGAUUUGCUGAGUUGUACGACGCACUGGGAACUAAGAGUUCAAAGAAAAAAACUGUGAACUUAAUUUGUUUGAAUGAUAUGGGAAAAUUGGCUUCAAGAAUUAAAAUAGUAUUUGAAUCACUCAUCACGCUUCUCUCCACAUUGGAAGAUACACAUCUCAUUCUCUUAAAACUUGUGAAUCUACCGGACGUCAACACUGUUCAUCUCUAUAAAAUGCAAGCAUAUGUUUCAGAAGGAUUCAGUAAAAUUGGAGAGAAGAUUAUCUGGAUCGUCUAUUCCGAUUUUGAGGCAUCAGAAGCAGGAAAACUCUCGGAAAACAUCAUGGAUGGGGGUAGUGUUCCUAUAAUUGACACGAUGCAUGAGGAGAGUUUUCUCAACAACCGAAUGAUCAAUUGCUGCUUCAUAACAACAUAUGCCGGAGUCCUCAGCUCUGUUUUCAAAAAAGGGGCAAAAUGGUUUACAUUUGUGACCCCCACUAUCGGAACACCAAUCAACUCAGAGACACCUGAACUUCUUGAAUCUUCAGAAACUUCAUCAGAAUUCGAUUCAAUUUCUCUGGACACCCAAGACGUUACAUGCUCGGUCGAUUCGUUGGUAAAUGAUCGACCGGUUGGGCGCAUUCGCACUAGAUUAACUCAAAAACAACGUCGGGAGAUGGCUCGUUUAGCAAAAGAAAGAACAAUGUCGCACAAUCAGAAAACCGAUAACUUUUUCAAAUUCGUAUGUUUCUUUUUUGGAGCGAAAGGAGAAUUGGAAGCAGUAAAAUAUGAAGAAUUUCAAAAACCACUAUCAAGCCCAAAAGAGUGGAAAAAACGCAGUGGAUAUAAUCGCCGUAAAAAUAGCCUAAAAGUAUCGCAAUUGCCACCGAAACAGAAAGAGCCGAUUAUCGUUGAUGAAGACGGAUUUCAAGUGGUAACAAAAAAGAAAGCUGCCAGACUCCGACCCCAAACAGAGCCUGUUGUGAAGAACAAUAAAAAGAAGAACAAGCCAGUGAAACCUUCCGCAGCGACAAUCAUCCAUGACAUGAAAUCGUAUUAUAGCAUUACCGAUCCAAUGGUAGAAAUGGAAGACGAGGAAUACGAAGACACCUUGUGCUCGGAAACUCCAGAACCUACGUACCAGGGAUCUGAUGUUGAAGUUCUAGAAGUUCACCAACUACCGGAUAAUCUCAAAAUGUAUUCCGUGAAAGACCAGGCACAAGAAUACAAAAUUCGAGAGGGAGAAGAUGGAUAUGCAGCAAUCAUUCAUUAUAUCUCACAAUUCCUGCUCAUCAUGUUCUUCAUGAUAUUUGUUCCCUUCUCGAACGCCGUCAACUAUCUUUGGCAAGACUGUAACUCACCACAGCCAUUGGAAAACUGCCAACACCUCGACGAAAAUAUAGCUAAAUUUCCUAUCCCAGAAUGCGAACAAUUCAUGAGCAAAGGCAUGUCUUCCGCAGCUAAGGAGGCUGACCCGGAAUAA